AUACACGACGCAAAAUUCCCGUACAUUGUACUAUUGAUCAGAAUAAACCAUAACGACAUCGUAUCAAUAUCAAAACAAAAUGUCAACCGCCCCAACCACCCUGGUUCACGCCGAGGACCUUCGGCCCCAACCCGAACUGCUCUGCAAGGCGUUCCCGGUGAUCCACCGUGCCAACCAUGACCUUGUCAAGCGCGAAGCGUUUGUUCGCCUUGCGUACAAAAUGGACGCCAUCGUCCUGGAAUUCGGCGGGGCCGCUGCCGCCACAGCCACUACUGGGGCAAAUAACAAUAAAGCCGAGAUGAACAAGAAAGAAAUCCGCAUUCCGCUGAAGUGCGUGCAGAAUCUCCGGCCCAAGGACUUCUCCGUCCCGGCCGCAGCGGCGUUACCCCCGAGCGGGUUUCUGCAGAAGGAGAAAAGCGAUCACGCGCAGAAGGAAAAAAACCCAACACCGGACGACGACGAGGAAGAGAACAAAAUGAAUCAGAAGGGAAACAAAGCAGACCAACAAAGCACCAAACCGGAGCAGAUCAUAAACUCCCUCGCAGCGGAAAACAACACAUCGAAACUUCCAAUGGCGAUUUUGACGUAUGAAAGUAGUGCACAACUCGUCCCUCUGCGCCUCAUUUGUCUAGCAUGAGCAGCAACAGAAGCAAUGAAGAAUGCCGCGGCUAUUAUAGCUUCUGCCUGACAACAAGUCCGGGCACGGAUUGUAGUCCUCCUGCUUUGGGCGGGGGCGUCAAGAACUUGUCAUGCGCGCAGUGCUUAAAGGCAAGAGUAGACCCGGAUUCGCUAUUUUGCAUAAAACAAACGAAAAGAGAAAGAGCAAGGGGUUGUGCACAACUCUCAUAGGACGUUCGAAGACCUCACGAAUUCGCUCGACGGGUGGAAGCCGGGUACGGGAAGCUACAUCAAGAACGAGAAGCAGGGUGGCGGCUUUUUACAGCGGUCGCUCCAGUUUUCGGGAAGGGAAACCAGAGAUCUGUGGUUCUUCGGAUUGAAAGAGAUUUUGCAGCAGCGCAUGCUACAAAUGAAUACGGAACGGAAACUGCCUGUAUAUGAACUGCAAAAGUAUCGUACUAGUAUAAAUCGCAUGUUGACAAAUUAGCUCAGCAUGACAAAUGGAAUUUGUAAUGCUGUUUUACCUUUGGAUGAAGAUUUGUAAUGCUGCAUGACUGCGAUUACUACGAGUACGAUACUUUUACGCAGGAUACUGUAGUGCAGCCCUGGGCGAUAGACGAGUUGAUGUUGUCCGAUCCAGUAGGGGCGGAAACGGACUACUAUUGCCAAGUGCAGGUAUAGUAAGAAGUACUUUGCUUUUUUUAGGAUCGAAAUUCGUGGCUCCUCUUACUUUGCCCUUGUUGUGCAACGCAUGAAAAAGGUAUCCGACAAAAAGCUUCUGCUGUUCUCUAGUUGCUGCUGCGAUUGUUCUACUUGCGCAUGACAGAUUUCUGGUGAAAUUAAUUUUCCAAAGAAUAAGGCACUGGGCGCCGGAGGAAAGUCCGCCACAUUCGCUGUAUGAAAGUGCAAAUAAAGGAGUGGCGUUUUUUUUUUCAUGUCAGUCGGGGUACUUUCGCUUUGCCGCAUUUUUCUCUACCGGGUUAUUUUCCUGCAAAUUUUGACAAGUGAGAGCGUAAAAGCGUGUACAUAACUAUGGGGCGGGUCACGCACUACCAAUUUGCAACGCUCCACGCUUGGAGGUGGACGAGGAUGCGGUGCUUGUCAACACGCAUGACACACUACGUCUGUCCUCGUGCGAAAUGUGCAACAGAGAAUCGUCACAAGAAAAACCACUCUACUUUAUUCACACUGCGAUAAGAUCUGAAGAAGCAAGUGAUAUCCACAGUAAAUUUCCUGUACAUGUACAAAUGCGGUUUCUGCAUGACAAAGCUUCCUUUUAAUUCGAUUCAGCAUGACAAGUGGCAUGCUCCAAGUUGGUGAAAUUUGUGAUGCAUUUUGUACAUGUACAGGAAAUUUGUAUUGCAUAAGUGAACUUGAAGGAUUACAUGGAGAACUCGCUGUAUCCAAGAAAAAAACUGUGUAAGUGUAACUUUGUAGGAUGAGCAGCAUCACAAAUUCGCUUUGCAUUUUUACAGGGAAAACUACCUGUCGUGCGCAGCUAGUACGUGGAAACAUGUAUGGAAGUAGCCUAUGACGCAGAUCCAGCAUGACAAGUGUAACUCUUUUGCAUGUUCUGCAUCACAGACUUACACCAACAUAGUUUUUUUCUGGCAUACGCUGUGGACCGACGUCAUGACGUUUCUCGACGACUUAUGAAUAGAAAACUGAAGUACAGUUUGUCAUGCGGAUUACACAAUGUGAAAUUGUGAUGCAAGGUACGUAAAUCGCAUGACCACAAAGACAAGCUGUUUCUAUUUCUUACCUUCCAUAACUCCAUUCCAUCGUGCCAUCGGAGGGACUGUCGCUUUUCAA